AGAUUCCUCCGUACACUCACAGCUAGACUUUCAGGCAAAGAUCUUUGAAGCAGAUGGUGAGGCAGGAGUGAAAGCCCACUUAGUUUUGCAGAGGUCUGAUGAACUGGUUGCUGGAGCAGCCAUGUUGCUGUAAGCAGAGUGAACAGCCUGGAGUCGUUGCAUGCAGCAAGGAGGGCUGGGAAGGCAUCCUGCUGAGCAUAGUUUCACUGCAGGCUCCUGGCUGAGGUUUGUGCCUUGCAUGGAGGCACAGAAGUCAGGUGAUAAAUUUGGCCUCCUCCUCGAGUUGGUGGUGUUCCUUUCCCCUUCUGUUGUUGCUCUGCCUCUUUGCUUUCUGGAUGGGGAGGCAGAACAGAAAUGCCUGCUUAGACAGAGUGACAGACAGGUCGAGCCAGCUGCUGAGCCUGCAUGCCCAUCUUUGGGCUGCUCUCUGGUUGCCAAAGACCCCCCCACCUCCCGGGGCUGCCUCUAAAGAUAGACAAAUACCCUUUUUCCUCCCCCCCCCCCUGCUUUGCUGGAAGCUUCGCCACAGAUGCUGGGUGGUGAACAAUCAGUUUCAGUUAAUUGCUGCUGGAGGCGGGGAUGUGAUUUGCAGUCAUUUCAGCCACUGGGCAGGAGUUGAGAUCCUUGUGUGUGACCCACAGAAAUGGCUUUGCUGUGUUACAAUAAGGGCUGUGGGCAAAGGUUUGACCUGGAUAAGAACUCCCAGGGUUCCUGUGUGUACCACCCGGGCGUCCCCAUAUUCCACGAUGCCCUGAAGGGCUGGUCUUGUUGCAAGAAAAGAACCACCGACUUUUCAGAAUUCCUUUCCAUUAAGGGCUGUACCAAGGGCUGUCACAGCAGUGAGAAGCCUUCUGAGCCCUUCAGCCAAGUGGAGACCUCUGACAAGCUGGUGGCCAAGCUAGGCAGGGAACUCAUUGUCCAAGGACCAAAGUCAGCAGAGAAGAUGCAGCGGGAAAGGCCCAGCUCUGAUGAGCUGAGACAGCAGCUGCCAAUUAAAGUGUCCAGGUCUCUGGAGCAGGUGUUGGAGAAACUGAAUCUGACCUCUGAAGACCAGCCCCCAAAGGGGGGCUCCUUAUGCCAGGGUGAGAAGGUGGAACUCCUCUUUAUGCUGCAUUUCUUUUGCAGCUCUGAUGAGCUGAGACAGCAGCUGCCAAUUAAAGUGUCCAGGUCUCUGGAGCAGGUGUUGGAGAAACUGAAUCUGACCUCUGAAGACCAGCCCCCAAAGGGGGGCUCCUUAUGCCAGGCAGAGGCUGUCCCAGAGGUGAGAACUGAAGCCCCUUGCCAGAACCCCGGCUGCAAGGUGGUGUACCGGGGACCGGAGAGUGACAAGGAGGCUUGUACUUUCCACCCAGGAGUUCCUGUCUUCCAUGAGGGGAUGAAGUACUGGAGUUGCUGUGGAAUUAAAACUACAGACUUCAGUGCAUUUCUGGAGCAGCGAGGCUGCAGCACUGGGACGCAUGCCUGGACAAACAAACAGGACAAGAAGCUGGUGUCUUGUCGACAGGACUGGCAUCAGACCAGCAGCCAAGUGGUGGUGACUGUUUAUGCCAAGAACCCUCUUCCAGCACUCAGCUUUGUGAAGGCCAAUCGCACGGUGCUUGAGGUCCGUAUCACCUUCGAAGGGAACAGGGUUUUCCAGGCAGAGCUGGAUCUCUGGGGGGUCAUUGAGGUGGAGAAGAGCUUUGUCAACAUGGUGCCCACCAAGGUGGAGAUCACUCUGAGCAAGGCCAGCCCUAUGCCCUGGGGCAAACUGGAGCAUCCCCACAACAGGUCCCAGGUUGGAGGGGAGCAGGCUGAGAAACAUGCAGUGGAAGCGGAAGCACCCCAAGGAGCUCACUGGGAAGACUCUGAUGACAGCUUGAGCUGGUCUGAGGAGGAAGAUGAGGAGGGGGUGGAAGGAGCAGCAAGCAAAUGAGGCUUGGGUUGCUUCUCCUUAGGAGGGAUGGGGCCAGCUCCUUCCUAGGAUGAGAGUGGGGAGCCCAGCUUUACCUCCAGAGGAUCUGACAGAGCUUCCUGAAGAUGCAGGCCCAGCUCUGAAUGUCUAGCUGCUUGCAGGGGGGAGCUUGGGCUUUGCUUUCUUUCAUCCCUCUGGCCCCUGCUGGGCUGGGAGGAGGUGCCAGAGCUAAAGGGCUUUCAGCACAGGCAAGAUGGAUGGGAGGAGCAGGCAAGGAACCUGCCUCAGACAAACUACCCCAGGUCCUGCCCUCCCUGCCUGACUGUGCCUGAUCCCUUGUGCCGAGAGGCAGGAUUAGACCCAGAGCCAAGCUGCAUUGUCUAGCGCCAACUCCCCACUAGAAAGUGCAGCGCAGCCUGUGGCUCUGGUACUGGUUCCCAGCCUGUCAUCUUCCCCCUGUGCUACAGCUCCGGACCCGGGGCGCAGGGUCUGGCUCUUCCACCUCCUGGGGCAGGAACUGACGAGGCCGCGGAUUCCUCUCCUGUCAUUAAACGCAGUUGGGCUGCCCAGGG